CACAGUACAAAGCCACAGACUUCGUGGUGUCCGGGCCUGGGAAAGUGGAGAUCACCUACACACCCACAGACGGCGAGCCGGUUAAAUAUCACGUUUAUGAAUUUGAGGGCACUGGCGGUGUAGCUCUGGCGAUGUACAACACAGAUAAAUCCAUCAGGGACUUUGCCCACAGCUCCUUCCAGAUGGCUCUGACCAAAGGCUGGGCUCUGUACCUCAGCACCAAGAACACCAUCCUGAAGAAGUACGACGGCCGCUUCAAAGACAUCUUCCAGGAGAUCUACGAGAAAGAAUAUCGUGCUAAGUUUGAGGCCAAAGGCAUCUGGUACGAGCACCGUCUGAUCGACGACAUGGUGGCUCAGGCCAUGAAGUCCGAUGGAGGCUUCAUUUGGGCGUGCAAGAACUACGACGGAGACGUGCAGUCGGACUCUGUGGCACAAGGCUACGGCUCCCUGGGUAUGAUGACCAGUGUGCUGAUCUGUCCUGAUGGACGCACGGUGGAGUCUGAGGCCGCCCACGGCACGGUGACCCGCCACUACAGACAACACCAGCAGGGAAAAGAGACCUCCACUAAUCCCAUAGCUUCCAUCUUUGCGUGGACGCGGGGUCUCCUCCACCGAGCGAAGCUGGACAACAACGCAGAGCUGCGAGUGUUCUCCGAGGCACUGGAGGCCGUUUGCAUCGAGACCAUCGAGGCUGGUUUCAUGACCAAGGAUUUGGCGAUCUGCAUCAAAGGGCUCCCAAAUGUCAAACGUGCUGACUACUUGAACACCUUCGAGUUCCUGGACAAACUGGCGGAAAACCUGAAGAUGAAGCUGGCCAGCCACCCCAAGCUGUGAUCUCACACCUCCUGCGCCUCCUGCAGCUCAAACACACUGACACAAACACACUAAAUAAAACACACACUCAUGCACACAGAGACGUCUACACAGCCGCUGCAGUCAACACGGGAGCAGGGAGGAGCGAGGGCUGGACGCCAGGACAUCGAGUCAUUCCUUAACUUAGUGUCCAAAUAACCUGGUGGCCUCGUCCUGAAGACGAAUUCCUGUUAAUGCAUCGCUAGUAGACAAAAAGUCGUACCGAGGCGAUGACGCCACAACUCAAACAUUAAUCAUGUCCAGAAAUGAAGCUGGACGAAUGGCCUUGUUUACCCUAAUUGCACUAGGUCCCCUGCAGUGAGCGCCAUGUGCGUCCUCAGUAUAUGUUGAUCUGUGCGAGACAGGACAGAGUUGGUCUGAGAGACUUCAGACCCUCGCUGCCUUAUUCCCUGUGUGUCAAAGUCACGGGUUUGAUUCCCGUCUCUAUGUCUUGUAAUGCUAGAUCAAUACACCGUGAAAUGUUCACUGUUAUUCAUCAUCAAACAGAUCAUUUAUGGACCGACGCUGUCGUUAUUAAUCACAGAGGUUCUGACUCUUCAGACUACGUGACGCAGAUUUUACACUAGCAUCAACUUUACCAGUCACAGUUGGUGCAAGAAGUGUAUUUAUUUGUACUUCCUUUGUGUGCGUGUCUUUUAAUCUCCACUUUGUCAUCAUGUCCUGACAGAACACGAUCAGAACUUUACCUGUUGGAUCCCUGUGUGAUACGAUGACGCAUAAUAAAUGAGGUUUCGAGUAAA